AUGAAGUUUCGUCAGAGAGUUGGGAACUGCCAACUGGCGGAAAACAUCAUCUUCAAGAAAUUGACACUUCGACUGAAAGAAAAAGCAAAGUGAAUAUCACCUCCACCGAAACUCUUCCCUCCAAAUCGAUACACUGAGCUAUGAAUUUCUUCAAAUCUAUCUUAUCUGAUGAUCCGGAUCCGGACUCCCCAAUACCCAAAAAGCCUCAAGAAUCUACAACUGAACAAUCACACGAAACCCCUGACAAUGACGUCGACGAUGACCCGGAUCACAAACCCUAUUCAGGAUCCGGUCCAGCUGCCGACGGUAGUGACGGCGGUGUUUGGAGCUUCGGAGGUCUGUUCAAGACGUUGUCAACUCGAUCCGAAUCAGUGCUCGAGACAUACCGCAAGGAUCUGCAGGAAUUCGGAUCCGGGUUGAAAAAAGAAACCGAAUUGUUCCGUGAAGUAGCUAGUCGGGCCGUUAAGGAUCUUCCUAAUUCUAUCGAGGUUAUUGACGGCGUCAUCAAAUCUACGGCUGAGAUUAUUUCACAAGGUAAAGAUUCCCUUUUAGCAUCCUCUGAUGAUGUUGAACCCGAAACCCCUGACCAAAAUCGGGUCUUGAACUCGGCCCGGUACAGUCGGUUCGAAUCUCAAUUGAUUAAUAUCCAAAAUGACCCAAAUACGUUCUGUUUGGAGCCUGAGGAUUUAGAGGAGUACAAGAAGUGGAAAUUAGGGUUUGAUUUGAAGGAGAAAAGUGAGGAAGUUGAGAACUUGAUUGGAAAAAUUGGAUCUUUAGAAGGUAUCUACAAAAGGGUUGUGCCUAAUGAAGUUGAUCAUGAGACGUUUUGGUAUCGUUAUUUUUAUAGAGUGUACAAGCUUGAGCAGCAAGAGAGUGUUAGAGCUAAGCUUGUGAAGAGAGCAAUAUCUAUAGAUGAUGAUGAUGAAGAAUUGUCUUGGGAUGUUGAUGAUGAUGAUGAUAAUGAACAAGAGAGCAAUGCCAAAUCGAAAGUUGAUGAGCAGGGAAAAGAGGGUUCAUCUGUUAUUGAAAGAUCCGUUGAUGAUGUAAAGAAAUUGGCUUCGGCUGAGAAUGAAUCUGCUAAUAAAGACUCGGCUAAGGUUGCAAAGGAAGUGCUUCCGGAUAAAAGUGAACCAAGCAAAGAGGAUUCAACCAAUGUUUUUAAACAUGUUGCUCAUAGUGGUGAAUCAAAAACUUUAAGUUCAGCUACUGUUGGUAGGAAAGAAGAGAAUCAGUCUAAUGCAGAUGGUGCUGGCAAGAGACAUGUCAUAGAAUCGAGUGGGAAUAGCGAAGAAAGUAAGAAAGAGGACUCUGAAGUUGCUUCUUUGAGUAAGAAGGAGGGGAAUAGCGAAGAUCGUAAGAAAGAGGACUCUGAAGUUACUUCUUUGAGUAAGAAGGAGGGGAAUAGCGAAGAUAGUAAGAAAGAAGACCCUGAAGUUACUUCUCUGGAUAAGAAGGAGGAGAGGGCGGCAAUAGGUUCAGAGGGGAAAGGUGAUAAGGAUGAAUCUGGUAAAGGUGGUGAUGUCUCUAUAGUGUCAAGUCAAAAGACGGGGGCUGAUGAGGAGGACUUGGAUUGGGCUGAGAUUGAAGACAUUGAGGGUAAUGACGACAAAAAGGCAACUUCUCAUGCUGCAAGUUCCAAUAGAGCUGAUUUGAGGAAGAGGCUUAGUGUUGAAGAGGAUGAUGAGGAUUUGACUUGGGACAUUGAAGAUGAUGAUUAGCCUGUGAAAGCUUGAUUCUCAGACAAACUUAAGAUAUGCAGGAAGCCGGAUGCCAAAGCUGUCAGCAUGCAACAUAACUCAAGAGUUGAACAUUAACGCUUGGUACCUAGUAAAAGUAAGAUAAUGUUUAUCGUAUCAUGCAGUUUGUUUAAUCAUGAUUCAUGAUUUUCAUUCUUUAUAUUGAAGUUUUAGUUUAAUAGUGAAGUUUGUUAUGUCCAGCUGUUCAUUUAUAAAAAGUGAACAUGUCUUUCUGCACUUUGUAUACUUGGAAAAUUUGAAUGGAAACAAUGAUGUUCAUAGACAAAUUGCUAUCUAUUAUUUUAAUGCAUUUAUGAACUCCC